AUGGAGACAUUCUUGGGUCGGUCCAUUGGGAAUGAGCUUGAUGUGCUUGAGUGGGUCCUAGACAGAGAUCGUGGCCCUUCAAAGGGAUGGAUUGUUACAGCCAAUAGUUCAGCUCCAUAUAUAUGCCCCACAUUGCCUGGUUGUUUUUAUCGAAACACACUGAAAAAUGAUUGGAGUAUCAAAAUGGUGGAAAAUCCCAUUGGUAUUUUGUUUGAUGAGCGUCCAAUAUGGAUCAAAGAAUCAUUAGCCGAACUCUUGCUUGAAAAAGGUCUGAACUUUGGAAGCAACAUGCUCAGAAGGUGGUCUGCAUGGGCAUUUGCCCUUUAUAUUACGUCGCUUCUUUUUAGAACGGCAUAUUACUUUUCAAACGGACCAUUCCUUAGGUUCUGGAUUAGAAAAGGAUUUGAUCCUCGCAAAGACCGUGAAUCCUGCAUAUAUCAGAGGAUUGACUUUCGAGUACCACCAUCGUUACGAAGCUACUGCGACACUAAAAUAGCAUCUGGGUUGACGCAUAGAUGGGAGGAUAUUUGUGCAUUCCGUGUUUUUCCUUAUAAGUGCCAAAUUUCAUUACAGCUAUUUGAACUUGUGGAUGACUACAUCCAACAAGAAAUUAGAAAACCUUCGAACCAAGCUACUUGCAGUUGUGCAACAGGCUGGUUCUCGUCACAUGUGCUUGAUAGUUUGCGAUUACAUGUUGCUGUGAGGUUCUUAUCAGUGUACCCAAAGCCUGGUGCAGAGUCCUUGCUAAAAUCUGCUUCAGCUCGCUUUGAAAAGUCAAAGAGAGUGCGCAUUCCUGCAAAGGAUUCAAGACCUGAUGUAAAAAGGCAGCAAGUGAAUAAAGGUUCAAGUUAA